AACUCGCAUGUAAACAAGCUACUGGAAUAGACUCUUAGUAGUCUUAGUCUUAUGUUAUGAUAAUGCCGCUCUAUUGGCUCUAUGAUUGAUUAUAAAUCGAUUUUCAAUUCUCGAUCUAUAUUUUUAGAUAUAGAUCUAUAUCUUUCUACUUUCUCUAUCUUUAUUAGAGUCUUAUUGUUAUCAGGUCAUUUCCUGUUUCUUUACUUCAGUGAAAUUUGUUUGUACUGCUAGAUCUAGUCUAGUUCUGAACUACCCUAUUUUCGAUAGGCUAAAAAAAAUAAAUAAAAGCAGUUGAGUUGAACUGUUGAUUGUCAUUAUAAUAAAUAAUCUAGAUCUAGUACAUGGUACGAUAAUUUUCUUGAUCUAGAGAUAGAGUCUAGUUGCAUAUUAUUAUAUAUAAUAAUAUAUUAUACUAUAUAGGUUCAUGGUAAUGGAGCCACACAGGACACCUAGCUGGGGUGCACCUGCUUCAGGUGGAUUAAAUGCUAACCCCCUAAGUCCUCAUACACCCAGCCCACAACAUCACCAAGGUCAAGGAAAACAGUUUUCAAAUCGUUUCCAGAGACCUAGUCCAUACAAUCCUAACAGAUCUAGAAAUGGUACACCUGACAAUGGCCACAGUGACGAUAGUCCAAAAACAUUUCAAAAUUUCAGCUCAGGAAAUCCAUUUCAGAAUAGCUGCAAGAAAUUCAGUUCAGACAAUCCAUAUCAAAAGAGCAUGAAUAGAAGUUACCAAGAUGGAAAUAAAUCUUCUCCCAGCAUAAAGCCUUUUUCUCAUUCAAGUCCACUGAUACCUGGCGGACCACAUCAAAGGUUCAGCUCCAAUACUCCAUCCAAAAAUUUCCAUGGACAUAGUCGAAAUUUUCAAACACCAUCACCUGUUAGAUUCAUGAAUGACUCAAAUUGUCAUUCCAAUUUUGCUAAGAGGCCAUUCACACCAAGGAAUAGAAGUACCGGUUUGAGAAACCCAGGUAGUAGUGACAAUAUCCGAGAUUAUGUCAGCCCCAGCAUGAUAGAAGACCCUUGGAAAGAUUUACCAGCAACGCCUAUAGUGCCGAAAUUAUUAUAAUGAAAUGUUGUAAUGGUAUUUUUUUAAACUUUAAAAAAAAUAAUUGAUUAACUGUGUACAAGUCUUUAUAUUUAUGUGUUUUUAAAGUUGUUGUUUUUUUACUUUUGGUAUACUUUUAUUUUAAGGUUUGCUUAAUUUUUUGUUUGUUUUUAGAUAUUGAUUUUUGUCAUUUUGAUGAUAUUUUAAAUGCACAAACAAAAUAUGUGAAAAUGUAUAUAGCUCAGUUUGAACACUUGCAAACUGUAUCACAACAGCUGGCUGUUGACAAACAAAAUAUGUUUCUAAUUUAGUUUUCUAGUUAUGUCUCAUUGUGUUGUGUAAGGAUGUUAGGCAAUAGGAAAUAUGUAGUGUUAGUCAAGUAAAACCUUAUAGUCCUUUAAAUCUACGAUUGAUGUGAAUGGCACCUUGUAAAAAUGCUAAGGUGUUGGGGUUUUUUUUUUUCGGGGGGAGGGGGGAUGAAUGUUUUUGAAUAAAUAACGUUAGGCUUAACAAACAUUUUUUUUUCCUGCUGAACAAUUUUGAGUGUUCCACCAAGACAUCCUUUUAUUUGAAUGAAGUACAACUUGCUUAUAUAGAAUAGAAACAUUUAUAUCCAUUUAGAUGUUUCAUUUGCUGGCAACUAAAUGUCAUUGAGCAGAACUCAGACAUCAUCAGGAUAAUCAGAUUAUAAGAUAGGGUUUGUUAUUUUAUUUUAUUAAAGUAGUGUUUUAAUCUGAUUAUUUAAUCUACAUGCGCUUGACCAAUACACUAUAUUGUACUGAAAAUCAUACGAUUGUAGACUUUGAUAAGUGAUAUUAAAGUAAAUUAUUAAAUUCAGCUAUAAAUAAUUUUCUGUGAUAAUAAUUUUGAAGAAACAUAAAUAUUGAAACAUUCAGUUUAUUGUUUACUUUCCAUAAUUAGUGCAGUAAUUAUUAUUAUUUUAAAUUCAGGAAAUAAUGUUUUAAUAUUCUAAAAAAUUUAGGUACCACCUGAUACAACCAUAUAUUCUAUAAUUUUUUUUGUAUAUUUCUUUUGUCAAGCUUAACUUUCUUUAAGUGUGACAUGUUUUUUUAGAUAUUGUUUUAGCAUAUUUUUAAAUGGUUAAUCUUUAUCUGCGCUACGUUAUGGGUAGGCCACAAUAUGAUGAAUUCAGUGUACUUAUGAACCGAACAUUUUUUCAAGUAAAUAUAUUGUCAUUCCUUCAUCAAAAUUUUAUCCUAUCUUAUAUAUGAUGUCCACUUACUUAUAAUUUUUUUCAUUUUUUUUUUAAUGCUUAUGAAAAAUGUUAAUAUUAAAUAAUUCAUUUGAAAGUGUCAUGUUUACAUGCCAUUAUAUAAUAACAUUGUGUUUCUUUUAGUGAAUUCUCAUUUUCAUUUCAAAUAAAAAUAACAUGCUAUCUAUAAUUUGACUAGUUUUACUGUAUAUCUGUAAAAUUAUAUGAAAUAUAACUAAAACUUUAAUAAAUUUUAAGUAAAUGUUUAGAAUUUUAUGUCAGUAUGUAUGAAGUAUAGUAUUAGAAUUAUAAAUCAUCAAUGAAUUUAUGAAGUUAUACAAUUCCUUUUGUUUAAACUUGAACCCAAAUAAAAUGAAUAAGUUUGA